UGUUGUUGACAGCAAUUUUCCAAAUGUCUUCAAAGAGGAAAUCAUGUUCAUUCACAUUUGUAUAUUCACACAAUUAACUCGAGAGACACACCUCUUUUUUCUUUUGAGAGUUUCCACAGAGGCUGGUUUAACAUUUUUGAAGACUUCUCCAGAGUGAAAGAAAGGAAACAGGCACACAGGAUGCACUGCAAUGAGAACUUACUCAACUAUCUCAGCUUCGGCAUGAUCAUGGCAGGACUAUGGCAUCUGUACCACCAUAGGAAAACUCAAACCAGCUAUGGCCGCCACAUGGUACACGAUCGUCACACCAGGUUGGUGCCAGCCCGCCUGGCUUGGUUUCUCCAGGAGUUACCAGCUAUUCUGGUCCCAUUACUUCUGAUGUUCACUCCGCACAAACCCUAUAGUGUGGGAAAGAUGCUACUACUUGGAACCUUUUGCCUUCACUAUUUUCACAGAACAUUCAUCCAUUCAUUCCUGAUCAGAGGAAACCCUUACCCACUGAGUGUGAUAGUGGGAGCAGUUAUCAUUUGCUCUGUGAAUGGAUUCUUGCAGGGACACUACCUGUUGCAUUGUGCUCAGCUGGAUGAGUGGAAAACUGACUGUCGGCUUAAAAUUGGAGGCCUUUUUGAAUAUGUAUCUGCGCCAAAUUACUUUGGAGAGAUUUUUGAGUGGUUUGGCUACGCCAUGGCAACUUGGAGCCUUCCAUCGCUCUCGUUUGCUGUGUUUACCACAUGUUUCAUAGGCCCAAGAGCUGUUUACCAUCACAGGUUUUACAAGGAGAAAUUCAAGGACUACCCAAAGUCUCGAAAGGCUGUAAUUCCAUUUUUACUUUGAGAAAAGAUCCCACUGUGAUCUGAAGACAAUGGCUGACAGGCCCGCAUGAAUUCAUAUAUAUGCAUUUGCUACUUAUAUUUUGUUCAUGUGCAAAAGUAGGUUUACUGACCUAAGGAUUCACUUGAGGUGAUUCAAACAUCCGAUUAGAUGUUCUCUAGCAGUACCUUUCAUUGGUGGUGGCUCAGUCAUGUCAACCACCAGGAUACAGAACACUAUGGAGGGAAUUGGCAAGACUAGAAGGCCAAGAUCAAUGAACCUCAUUUAACCAGGUAAAACAGUAGAGAACCAAUUGUCAUUUACAAUGAGGACCUGGCCAUUUGACAGUCACAUACAUAAUAGUGAUACAUAAGAUACAAUCAGGAAAUCUUAACUAAUGUAAAAAAAUAAUUUUAUUAUACAUAUGUACAGUGGCCAAAAAAAGCACACAGACACUAAACCAUAACAGAAAAAGGUGCGGCAAUCAUCAAAUGAACUAAUAAAACAAAAUUGUAACAGACUCCCUGUCCUUGACUGUUAGAUGACAUGCAGGGAUGGCUGGGAAACAAGGAAGACUGAAAUGCCGCAAAUGUUAACCCCCCCCCCCCC